AUGUACAACCGCGGGGGGGAUAUGUGUGUAAGUUGGCUCAACUUCUCCAACUCCCUCUCCAUCUUCCCAUUACACACGCCACACCAUGUGGAAGCUUUCCAGAAAACGAACCUCAUCGCACGCGCGCAGCAGGUCAAGACGUGUGGUCGUAAUGAGAGUGAAGGGUGGGGUUUGUCUGACGCUGCCUCCUUUUUCCACCUUCCUCGCUCUCUCGUAUAUACCACCAUGCCAAACCGAGACCUCUCCUUCCCCUAUUUCACCAUUAAAAACCCCUUCCUUUCCAACCAACUUCCCCCUCAUUCCAAGAAUCGAAAAAUCUAG